GAGGACGUGGAGCCGCUGCUCCACACACACACACACGCGCACACACACGGCGACACUCACUCUGUCACUCAGUCACUCACGCCGGGACUGACUUUGGAUUUUUACCGGAGGAUUUUUCGGUGGGAAACUCUGGAGCGACGUUCGCGAGGAGACAGUGCCGGAAAAACACUAGUUUAAACCCGGUUCUGACGAAGGAAUGGCGGACCGGGACCCGGCGCCGCUUCCUGCAGAGGUUCGGGCCAAACUAGCCGAACUGGAGCUGGAGUUAUCCGAGGGUGAUAUCACACAGAAAGGUUAUGAGAAGAAGAGAUCCAAGCUGAUCGGAGCCUUCUUCCCUCAGUCACCAGGAAUGGAUCCGCCCAUGGGUCAGGAGAGGAGACCGCCCGUCACCCCGUCCUCGUCCUCACGCUACCACCGCCGGCGCUCUUCAGGCUCCAGAGACGAACGCUACAGAUCUGAUGUUCACACAGAGGCCGUGCAGGCGGCGCUCGCCAAACACAAAGAGAGGAAGAUGGCCGUGCCCAUGCCGUCCAAACGGCGCUCCCUGGUGGUCCAGACCUCCAUGGAAGCCUACACACCACCAGACACUUCCUCAGGCUCGGAGGGCGAAGGUCAGGGCGACGGCGAUGAAGGAGAAGACGGUGAAGAAGAGGACGGAGGCGGCGGCGGUGGAGGAGGAGGCGGGACCUCGUCCAGUCGAGAAGGAAGCAUCAGAAUGGAGCACUGGAUCAGCCGGGCCAUGCACGGUACCUCCUCCACCACCACCUCUUCCACCGCCUCGUCCUCCUCCUCCUCCACGCGCAGUGGAGGCAGUGGAGCGGCCGCCGGCAGGUUAGCCGACGCCCUGGCGCAGCAUGUCCACAUCUCCGCCCACCAUCACCACCGCCAACGGCAACGCCACCAUCACCACCACAAGACAGAGAACCACUCUGCUCCUCCGGACGUCACCGGUUACACCAACAACACGACCAGCACCACCGGAACCAACGCUGCUGACGGGAUCCAGGCGGAGCGAGUCCCCGGCGCCCAGACCGCGGCCCAGAGACAGACGCCCAAGUACGGCAACGCCGAGCUGAUGGAGACCGGAGACGGUGUUCCAGUCAGCAGCAGAGUUUCAGCCAAAAUCCAGCAGCUCGUCAACACGCUGAAGAGACCCAAGCGACCGCCGCUGCGAGAGUUCUUUGUCGACGACUUCGAGGAACUCCUGGAGGUCCAGCAGCCGGACCCGAACCAGCCCAAGUCGGAGGGCACUCAGAUGGUGGCCCUGCGAGGCGAGCAGCUGGGCGUGGUCACUAACUGGCCUCCAUCCCUGGAGGCGGCCCUGCAGAGGUGGGGCACCAUCUCCCCUAAGGCCCCCUGUCUCACCACCAUGGACACCAACGGGAAAACAGUCUACGUGCUGACCUACGGAAAACUGUGGUCCAGGAGUGUGAAGGUGGCCUACAACCUGCUGCACAGACUGGGAACCAAACAGGAACCACUGGUCAGACCUGGAGACCGGGUGGCGCUUGUGUUCCCAAACAAUGACCCCGCUGCGUUCAUGGCCGCUUUCUACGGCUGCCUGCUGGCUGAGGUCGUACCUGUGCCAAUAGAAGUUCCUCUGACCAGGAAGGACGCCGGCAGUCAACAGAUUGGCUUCCUGCUGGGCAGCUGCGGCGUGACAGUGGCUCUGACCAGUGACGUCUGUCACAAAGGAUUACCCAAGAGUCCCACAGGAGACAUCCCACAGUUCAAAGGCUGGCCCAAGGUGCUGUGGUUUGUCGCUGAAUCCAAACACCUCUCCAAACCAUCGCGGGACUGGUUCCCACACAUCAAGGACGCCAACCAGGACACUGCCUACAUUGAGUAUAAAACCUGUAAGGACGGCAGCGUCCUCGGCGUCACAGUGAUGAGGAUAUCCAUGCUCACGCACUGUCAGGUGCUCACACAGUCAUGCUCUUACACAGAAGCUGAGACCAUAGUGAAUGUGUUAGACUUGAAGAAGGACGUGGGACUGUGGCAUGCUGUCCUCACAAGUGUGAUGAACAUGAUGCAUGUCAUCAGUAUUCCUUACGCUCUCAUGAAAGUCAACCCUCUGUCCUGGAUCCAAAAAGUCUGUCAGUUCAAAGCUAAGGUAGCGUGUGUGAAGUCUCGGGACAUGCACUGGGCUCUAGUCGCUCACCGGGACCAGAGAGACGUCAACCUGAGCUCACUGAGGAUGCUGGUGGUGGCUGAUGGUUCAAAUCCCUGGUCCAUUUCGUCCUGCGACGCUUUCCUCAACGUCUUCCAGACCAAAGGUUUGAAGCCGGAGGUCAUCUGUCCGUGUGCCAGCUCCCCCGAGGCCCUCACUGUAGCUAUCAAGAGGCCGUCAGAGGAAGGCAGCACUCCUCCAGGUCGCGGCGUGUUGUCCAUGCAGGGUCUGAGUCACGGUGUCAUCCGGGUUGACUCAGAGGAGAAGCUGUCCGUCCUGACGCUGCAGGACGUCGGCACCGUCAUGCCUGGAGGUUUGAUGUGUGUGGUCAAACCUGAAGGUGUCCCUCUGCUCUGUAAAACUGACGAGAUCGGGGAGUUGUGCGUCUGCACCGUCGCCACGGGAACCUCAUAUUUUGGUCUGGCUGGCAUGACCAAGAACACGUUCGAGGUUUUCCCGAUGUCGCACAGCGGCGCCCCCUUCAGCGAGUUUCCCUUCACCAGGACGGGUCUGCUGGGUUUUAUCGGACCCGCUGGUUUGAUCUUUGUCGCGGGGAAGAUGGACGGUCUGAUGGUGGUCGGCGGGCGCCGGCACAAUGCCGACGACAUCGUUGCCACAGCGCUCGCUGUGGAGCCGAUGAAGUUUGUCUACAGGGGCAGGAUAGCAGUGUUCUCCAUCACAGUUCUCCACGACGAGCGGAUUGUUGUCGUUGCUGAGCAGCGUCCAGAUUCCACUGAGGAGGAUAGUUUCCAGUGGAUGAGCCGAGUACUGCAGGCGAUCGACAGCAUCCACCAGGUGGGCGUGUACUGCCUGGCUCUGGUUCCCUCCAACACUCUGCCCAAGACUCCGCUGGGCGGCAUCCACCUGUCAGAGACCAAGCAGCUGUUCCUGGAGGGGGCGCUGCACCCCUGUAACGUGCUCAUGUGUCCGCACACGUGCGUCACCAACUUGCCCAAACCACGGCAGAAGCAGCCAGAGAUCGGUCCCGCGUCUGUGAUGGUCGGUAAUCUGGUGUCAGGGAAGAGGAUUGCUCAGGCCAGCGGUCAAGAUCUGGGUCAGAUCGAAGACAACGACCAGUUCCUCUUCCUGUCUGAGGUUUUACAGUGGAGAGCUCAGACCACACCGGACCAUGUCCUGUACACACUGAUCAACUCCAGAGGAACCAUAGCUAGCACUCUGACGUGCGUCCAGCUACAUAAGCGAGCAGAGAAGAUCGCCGCCAUGUUGGCUGAACGGGGCCACCUGCAGGACGGAGACCACGUCGCACUGGUUUAUCCUCCAGGCAUGGACCUCAUCGCGGCAUUUUACGGCUGCCUGUACGCCGGCUGCGUGCCGAUCACGGUGCGACCUCCUCACCUGCAGAACAUCACCACCACGCUGCCCACCGUCAAGAUGAUCGUGGAGGUCAGCCGCUCAGUGUGUGUGAUGACCACACAGCUCAUCUCUAAACUGCUGAGGUCAAAGGAAGCUUCAGCGACUGUCGACGUCCGGACCUGGCCUCCUGUCCUGGACACAGACGAUUUGCCAAAGAAAAAACCUCCACCGCUUUAUAAACCGUCUGAUCCUGAUACUCUGGCCUACCUGGACUUUAGUGUCUCCACCACAGGCAUGCUGGCUGGAGUCAAGAUGUCUCACACAGCCACCAGUGCCUUCUGUCGCUCCAUAAAGCUGCAGUGUGAGCUUUACCCGUCCAGAGAGGUCGCCAUCUGCCUGGACCCGUACUGUGGCCUGGGCUUCGUCCUCUGGUGCUUAUGCAGUGUGUACUCAGGUCAUCAGUCCAUCCUGAUCCCUCCGUCAGAGCUGGAGGUGAACCCGGCUCUGUGGCUGUCGUCCGUCAGUCAGUACAAAGUACGGGACACCUUCUGCUCCUACAGCGUCAUGGAGCUGUGCACCAAAGGCCUGGGCCUGCAGACCGACUCGCUCAAGUCCAGAGGCGUGGACUUGUCCCGCGUGAGGACGUGCGUGGUCGUGGCAGAGGAGCGUCCUAGGAUUGCGCUUACGCAAUCCUUCUCCAAACUCUUCAAGGACCUGGGUCUGCACCCUCGAGCAGUCAGCACGUCGUUCGGCUGCAGGGUGAACCUGGCCAUCUGUCUGCAGCCUCACAGGCUGGGAAAGCUUGCCGAGCAGGGAACGUCGGGACCUGACCCCACCACCGUCUUCGUGGACAUGAGAGCGCUGCGACACGACAGAGUCAGACUCGUAGAGAGAGGAUCACCACACAGUCUGUCACUCAUGGAAUCUGGGAAGAUUCUUCCUGGAGUCAGAAUCAUUAUCGCAAACCCAGAGACUAAAGGACCAAUGGGAGAAUCACAUCUGGGAGAGAUCUGGGUCCACAGUGGUCAUAACUGCAGUGGCUACUUCAGAGUGUACGGGGACGAGGUUCUGCAGUCAGACCACUUCAGCUCCAGACUUAGCUUUGGAGACACACAGAGUGUCUGGGCCAGGACCGGAUAUCUGGGCUUCCUGCGCAGAACUGAACUCACUGAUGCUAGCGGAGAGCGUCAUGAUGCUCUGUAUGUGGUUGGAGCUCUAGAGGAAACCAUGGAGCUCAGAGGAAUGAGAUAUCAUCCCAUCGACAUCGAGACGUCCGUCAUCAGGACUCACAAGAGCAUCACUGAGUGCGCCGUCUUCACUUGGACAAACCUGCUGGUGGUGGUGGUGGAGUUGGAUGGUUCUGAACACGAGGCGCUGGACCUGGUCCCGCUCGUCACUAACGUGGUCCUGGAGGAGCAUUACCUCAUCGUGGGCGUGGUCGUGGUCGUUGACAUCGGCAUUAUCCCGAUCAACUCCCGCGGCGAGAAGCAGCGCAUGCACCUGCGCGACGGCUUCCUGGCCGACCAGCUGGACCCCAUCUACGUGGCCUACAACAUGUAGCGCCCCCUGGUGGCAAAGCCUGACGAGGAUCACGAGACUGAGGAGAUUAUAAUCUGAUAAUCUGAGGCUGCAUUCUUUCUGACGCUGGCGGAGGAAAUAGAUAUUUUUUUACCCUGGAUUUUGUCUCUCAGGCGACACGAGGCUCCGUGUCAUGACAGUCAAGGUCGUGUUCAGGUCGGGUUUUUUAACGAAAGACUGAGAGGAAAAAGAAAGUAUGACGAGGACCGACGAAGACAGACAAGGACGGAAGAGGACGAGGAGGACGGACGAAGACAGACGAGGACAGAAGAGGACAGACGAGAACACCAAGGAAAGACGAUUUACACGACAACAUAAACUGUGGUAACCAUGGUUAGGUUAUUUUUUUACAUGGUAUCAACCAUCAACGUGAAAAAGGGGCGGGGUCAAGUUACGUUUUCCCGAAGAGGUACUAACCGUGUUAGCUCUUUUCUUUUUGUAUUUUUAAAUAUCAGUUUUUUUUUUUAAUUCAAACGUUAAUUUCUGAACACUUUGUUCUGUCUCAGCGAGCUAACAGCUAAUGGCUAACGUUAACGUUUAUUAACGCUCAUAUCAUGUAAUUAUGUACAAAAAGAAACUGAUUUAAUUUAUUUUGUCUCUUUUAGAAAAAGUAUAUGAAUGUUCAAGAAUGUUAUUUUUGCUCUUGGAUAAUUUGCUAAUAUAAAAACAGGAAAAAACAAACAAACACUAAAAGCGUCAUAUUAUCACGAGAGAUCAGAUGUCGAGGUUAUUACGGGGGAAAUAUAAAUAUAUAGAUUCUAUUAAAGAAAAAAAGUCGUAAAAAAGACAGAAGAGGAUUUUUUUAUCUGCACGUUUGUCCGCAAAGUUUGGGAAAAUUGAAGAGUUUCAUUCCUCCGAAGUGUUCGCUUUGACUCGUGAACGUUAAGUUUUAAAACACACUGAAUAAAAUCUACAUCAGUUUAAGUCUACGACAUCUUUAAGAACGUGUUCGCGUCUUUAUUUCACUGUUACACAGGAAACUGAAGUUUGAUAAGACGUGUGUGAUGUUAAAAUCACUGAUUUUCUCUAUGAGGUUUGGUGUGGGAGAGUGAGUGGUUUACAAACUUCAGUCUAACAGUGAGAUAAAGACGUCAUGUGAUGUAAAUAUCGUAAAAUGACGUAGUCUAAUAUAAAAAACGGGUCUAAUAUAAAAACCUUUUCAUACACAUUUAUUUUAAUGCGUUACAUUUAUGUGUGGAAAAAAAGCAGAGAUUUAUAUUUAAAAUUUUAAAAUAAAAAUAUUUUUUAGCUUUAUCCAGUUUUGAAUUUGAUAUCUCCAGAUUAUCAGACGUAUAUUUCUGGUGCUAAAUGUCAAGAUUAAAAUGAAAUAAACAGAAUUUUGAUUCAUUUAAUAAAAAAUUAAAAUUUGUCUCUCACUAACACACUAAAAAACUUCUAUGAAACAUAAUGUUAUUUUUAGUCAUUUGCUGACCUCUGGUGGUGACCAGUGGAAACUACAACAAGAACUUUAUUAUUAUUUCCAUCUGGAUCCAACCUCUCCAAAUAUCCUCAAGCAUAUAUACAUAUAUAUGUAUGCAUAUAUAUAUACAUAUAUAUAUAUGUAUAACUACAGACUGUUUUUAUCUCUGCGAUUUAUCGUAAACUUGUUCGAGGAAUGAAACUCGUCAGUCAAAGUCCGACUUUGCUCUUUUUUUUUUUCAUGGAUGAAUCAGGGCUUGUUGUAGUGAUGAUAUCACAACAGGAAGCAGGAAGUCCAGACCCACCGAGAGGUCAAAGGUUUGGUGUUUGAGAAUGUUUUAAAAACA